UCUUCUUCUCUCAUAGCUUAGCAUUUCUUAACUUAGUUUUUUUGUUCUUCGUUUUUCUUUGUUUUCGUUUUUGCUCUGAAUUCAUGGCCGGAAAGGGAGAAGGGCCGGCGAUCGGGAUCGAUCUUGGGACGACCUACUCCUGCGUUGGUGUAUGGCAGCACGAUCGGGUGGAGAUCAUCGCCAAUGACCAGGGAAACCGCACCACGCCUUCCUAUGUGGCCUUCACCGACACUGAGCGCCUGAUCGGUGAUGCGGCGAAGAAUCAGGUUGCCAUGAACCCCAUCAACACUGUUUUCGAUGCUAAACGGUUGAUUGGGAGGAGAUUCAGCGAUGCUACAGUGCAGAGUGAUAUCAAGUUGUGGCCUUUCAAGGUCAUUCCUGGUCCUGGAGACAAGCCCAUGAUUGUUGUCAACUAUAAGGGCGAGGAUAAGCAAUUCGCUGCUGAAGAGAUCUCCUCAAUGGUCUUGAUCAAGAUGAGGGAGAUCGCUGAGGCUUACCUUGGUUCUUCUGUGAAGAAUGCAGUGGUUACUGUCCCAGCUUAUUUCAAUGACUCACAACGUCAGGCCACUAAGGAUGCUGGUGUCAUUGCCGGGCUCAAUGUCAUGCGUAUCAUCAAUGAGCCCACGGCUGCUGCCAUUGCCUAUGGUCUUGACAAGAAGGCAACCAGUGCUGGCGAGAAGAAUGUGCUCAUAUUUGAUCUUGGUGGUGGCACCUUUGAUGUUUCUCUUCUCACCAUUGAAGAGGGUAUUUUUGAAGUGAAGGCUACUGCUGGAGAUACCCAUCUUGGAGGGGAGGACUUUGACAACAGGAUGGUGAACCACUUUGUUCAGGAGUUCAAGAGGAAGCACAAGAAGGAUAUCAGUGGCAACCCGAGAGCUUUGAGGAGGUUGAGGACUGCCUGCGAGCGUGCGAAGAGGACUCUCUCUUCCACCGCACAAACCACUAUUGAGAUUGAUUCGCUGUACGAAGGCAUUGACUUCUACACCACCAUCACUCGUGCCAGAUUCGAGGAACUCAACAUGGACUUGUUUAGGAAGUGCAUGGAGCCUGUGGAGAAGUGCUUGAGGGAUGCCAAGAUGGACAAAAGCACUGUCCAUGAUGUUGUUCUUGUUGGAGGAUCCACUAGGAUUCCUAAAGUGCAGCAAUUGCUCCAGGACUUCUUCAACGGUAAAGAGCUCUGCAAGAGCAUCAACCCUGAUGAGGCUGUUGCUUAUGGUGCUGCUGUUCAGGCUGCUAUUCUCAGUGGUGAGGGUAAUGAGAAGGUGCAGGACUUGCUGCUUCUUGAUGUCACACCUCUUUCUCUUGGUCUGGAGACUGCUGGUGGUGUCAUGACUGUUUUGAUUCCCAGGAACACAACCAUUCCUACCAAGAAAGAGCAGGUGUUCUCCACCUACUCCGACAACCAGCCUGGUGUUUUGAUCCAGGUGUACGAGGGUGAAAGAACCAGAACCAGAGACAACAACCUGUUGGGCAAGUUCGAGCUCUCCGGCAUCCCGCCUGCUCCUCGUGGUGUCCCUCAGAUCACCGUCUGCUUCGACAUUGAUGCCAACGGUAUCUUGAAUGUCUCGGCCGAGGACAAGACCACCGGGCAAAAGAACAAGAUCACCAUCACCAACGACAAGGGUAGGCUGAGCAAAGAGGAGAUUGAGAAGAUGGUGCAAGAGGCAGAGAAAUACAAGUCUGAGGAUGAGGAUCAUAAGAAGAAGGUUGAGUCUAAGAACACCCUGGAGAACUACGCUUACAACAUGAGGAACACCAUCAACGAUGACAAGAUUGCAUCUAAGAUCCCUGCAGCCGAUAAGAAGAAGAUUGAGGAUGCGAUCGAGCAGGCGAUUCAGUGGUUGGAUGGGAACCAGCUGGCUGAGGCGGAUGAGUUUGAAGACAAGAUGAAGGAGCUGGAGAGCAUUUGCAACCCGAUCAUUGCGAAGAUGUACCAAGGUGCGGGUGCGGACAUGGCUGGCGGGAUGGACGAGGAUGGGCCCUCGGCAGGUGCCAGCGGUGCUGGGCCUAAGAUUGAGGAGGUUGAUUAAAUUGAGUCGGAGACAAAGCGACUUUGGGUUGUUCUCAUCUGGUC